ACGUCACGAGGCAGAAGCGAGAGCUGUGUGUUGAAGAAGCAAGCAAACAGAGGAAGGAACACAGACGCAGCCUUUCCACACGCAAAGUGAGCAGAAACUGUUCAGUUUGGCAGAGCUCUAAUGCCUGGUCCCACCCAAGCACUGUCCCCAAAUGGCGAGAACAACAACGACAUUAUCCCGGACAACGGUACCAACGUUAUCCCUUUCAGGAAACAUACCGUGCGAGGGGAGCGCGCCUACAGCUGGGGAAUGGCGGUCAACGUGUACUCUACCUCAAUAACCCAGGAGACUAUGAGCAGACAUGACAUCAUUGCAUGGGUCAAUGACAUACUCUGUUCAAACUACACUAAAGUUGAACAGCUUUCUUCAGGCGCAACAUACUGCCAGUUCAUGGAUAUGUUGUUUCCGGGCUGCAUCAGUCUGAAGAAGGUCAAAUUCCAGGCCAAGCUGGAGCAUGAGUACAUUCACAAUUUUAAAUUGCUGCAGGCCUCUUUCAAAAGAAUGAAUGUUGAUAAGAUUAUUCCAGUAGAGAAGCUGGUGAAAGGUAGAUUCCAAGAUAACCUGGACUUCAUCCAGUGGUUUAAAAAGUUUUUUGACGCAAACUAUGAUGGCAAAGAGUAUGACCCGCUACAAGCCAGGCAAGGCCAAGACGCCACCCCACCCCCAGACCCUGGCGAGCAGAUCUUCAACCUGCCCAAAAAGUCUCACCAUGCAAACUCUCCGACAGCAGGUGCUGCUAAAUCCAGUCCAGCAACUAAGCCCUCAACACCGUCAUCCAGGCCAUCAUCUGCGAAAAAGACACCAGCAAUAGCAGUGCCUGCAAAGGGUGAAAAAGAAUUAGAAGCGCAGGUCACACAGCUCAGUGAACAGUUAAAUUCAUUAAAAGCUGCAAUUGAAGGUGUGGAGAAGGAGAGGGAUUUCUACUUUGGAAAGCUGAGGGAGGUUGAGCUUCUGUGCCAGGAACAGGGACAGGACAGUGCCCACCUGGUCGAACGACUAAUGGAAGUCCUUUACGCCACAGACGAGCAGGAAGGGGCAGGCGAACUCCAUGAAGACCAGGAGCAGCCAGCUCAUGGGGAGGUCCAGCAGCAGGAAGAGUACUGACCGGAACUUUUCACAGUCGCAGUGUUCAUUUUGUGAGAACUCGUUUUUUAUUUUCGUUUUGUUCCUGACGAACAAGCACAUGCUGUCCUCAAGGUUACUUUAACACGGUUUAUUCACGUGCUGUAGCGAGAACCAGUGAAAUACUGAAUUCAGUUUCCAUUGAUUCUACAAGACACAGACACAGCAAACAGUGAGGCAUACUGGGUGUUUUUCUAGGGCUACGUCGUUUAACCACUCCACUGAGGAGCAAUGGGGUAAGGGGCUGUGUGUUUUCAAGGGUAUAUAACAUGCAUUGUCAGAUUGUACAUAACCUGCUUCAGUGCCACCUCAUAUGCGUCUAAAUUCAUUUUUGUUUAAUGUAUUUUAUUAACAUAUCAGUAUGUUGAUCUAUCUCAAUGAAAACUGUACACAAAAUGAAUGUCUCCUUUUAAGAAGACAUUUGAGGUAAUAGCUGAAAGUUUUUUUUGACCGCUGCAGUUUUUUUUAAAUUUAAUUUAUUAAGCUUAAAUACAGAACACCUGAAAUUUAAAUAAAAGGGGAUGCAUCCAUCUUUAGCACUUCCAUAUUUAAAUUCACAAGGAAUACGUGCAUAUUUUAUACAUAUCAUGCUCUGAAGAAAUCUGCUGCAGCCAAGUGGCUGUACUAGUGAAGUUGUAUAAGAGAUCCACUUGUUUGUAAAUGUGUAAUCACAGUACCAGGGAAAUAAACUACAGUUUAAUUCACAUAGAGGAAUUGGGUGAAAUGCAGUAUUCCAGUACUAUGUUUGUUUUGUUUUUUUCUAAUUAUGCAUUUGCUGUUACUUUUACUAAGUAGCUCACCAUCAUGCUUUGUUAAAUAUUACAUGUAAACUGAAAAGGAAUGUAAGCAUAUGUACUGUUUAUAGUUAUAAAUAGCAAAGAAGAAAAACAUAUUGCAAGUGUUAAAUAGAUGCAAGAAAUGUCUUAUUCGGAUGUAUUUAACUCCUUACAUUUACCACAAUUUGUUGCAUGAUAGGGUAGAUUUUUGUCUUUUGAUUAUGUGAAUAACUUGACCUGCUUUUAUCUUUUUAAAUAUUUAAUAAAAAAAAAAAAAAAAUUGUGUUAAGUGAUAUGCGUUUUAUAAAUGUCAGCCCACAAUUUAUUUUUGUUUGUAUUAUUAUUAUUUGGGACUGGUGGGGAUGUUCAUAUACCAAGCUACUGCUAAGUAUGAUGUUUUUUCAAAUCGAUUUGCCCUAUCCUUGCAAACCCUGCUUUGCAAUAAUAUCGAUUAAAGAAAUGACACCAGACUCUAGUGCAAUGUUAAACUAUUGCACCAGUGCUAAUGUAUUACUUAAUUAAAAAAAAAAAAACAGAUUUUGUAAUGCCACACUCAGUCUGAAGAUUACACUCUGGAAUGUGUUUGUUCAUUUGGUAUUUCUCUGCAGAAACAAAAAAAAACAAACAAUUACAGUUUCUUAAACCUAAAUAUAAGGUACUUUUAAAAUUCUGUUUGGAAACAAAGUCAUGGUGUCUCCUGUUUUUUCUUAUACUUUUUUCUUUUGUUGUGAAAGGUUCAACAUGUAACUUUUUUUAUUGUAUUUAUUUUUAUGUUAUUUAAUUAUACAAACAUAUAUAGGUAAAGGUUUUUCUGUAUUCACUGCUUUAAUAUAGUAUUAAACUUUUUUUUUUUUUUUUUAAUGAAAACUUCAUUUCAAAGAGGUUCAGAUGCCAGCAAAAGCUUGAGGAUGUUUUGUAAAAAAUGUUAGAUGUUUAUCUGGCCUUGGCUGUGUCUGAUUUUAAAGCGUCUUGGUGGUAGUAGUGGAAUCAGGUUUUCUCGUUUAAAUAAUUCAUGUUAUCAUAUUUAACCCAUUGUCGACCAAUCCAAAAAGCAACAACUGAUUAGAACUUAACAUAGACUUGAAAACUAGGCAAAGUUAUACUGUGUGACGACUCCAAUGUAAUUUGUAUGUCUAAAGCAAAACAAUGUUUUAAUAUAUGCAACACUUACAAUAAAACUUACUGAGACCA